AUGGGUUCUUCUCAGCCAGACGCCAGCCAGCCGGGGACCUCGCGACAACGGUCAGGGAGCGACGUGUCUCGACCGACGAACAUCAGCCUUUCCGCAUUCCCACCGGACACGAGGGAGCGGUCGCAGUCCACCACACAGAACGAUGGUUUCUGGGCGCCCGACACAGGGUUCGACACUAGCGAUCGUGUCUUCCCCAUUCGAUCCGUCGUCUCUGUCGACCCAAAUGCUGGAAGGGCUGCCCAUACAGCCUCACCGCGGAGUGCGGUCUCGCCAACUCGCGAAGGAGCCCGCCAAUACACGAUCAUCUCGUCGAAACUCUGGGACUCCAUGCAGUCGCAGCCCCAGCCGCAACCCCAAAAGCCGCCACAAUCACAACCACAGCCACAGGACGCCGUCGGCUUCGACGCCGAACCGACGAUUCCGACGGCUAUCGAUCGGCACGAGACCCAUACUGCGAAUGACGCGACCGAAUUAGGUACACAUUCUAUGGCGUCCGAGGUGGUUCAACAUCCCGAGAUUUAUGCCAAAAUCAAAAGUGGCACAAACUCGGCAGCGCCGUCAGAGGCCGAUUCGGUGCCAGGCCAGCCGUCCCAUUCAGAAGACGACGGUGGCCUUAUGACCGCGCGAUUUAAGCAUGUGGUCACUGACGCCGGGCACGCUGUCAUCACUGGAAGGGAUGGGGCGGCGUUUCAAUACUGCGAAGAUGAACCCAUUCGUUUUCCAGGAGCCGUACAAAGCUUUGGCAUGAUGAUUGUUGUCAGGGAGGAGUCGCCCAAUCAAUUGGUCGUUCGCAUCGUCAGCGAAAAUUCAACACGCCUUACAGGCUAUACUCCGAAGCAAUUGUUUGAGCUAGAGAAUCUUUGCGAUAUUCUGAAGGAAGACCAAGCCGACACUCUUCUUGACCACAUUGAUUUCGUCCGCGAUGAUGCCUAUGAUCCCGUCGUAGAUGGCCCUGAGGUGUUCAUCCUGUCGAUUCCGAUGCCAUCCGGGGAGGAACACCGAUUUUGGUGUGCCGUCCAUGUGAGCCAGUCUCAAAAGGAUAUGAUUAUCUGCGAAUUUGAAUUGGAGGACGAUGAGGAAAAUCCAUUGAACGUGGCUGGAGCCUCGACCCCGGCCAACCCGAUCGAUACUUUGGGUUCAAUGCCGAGCGCAGAACAGUUCGCUGCCAGUACCAUCAAUAUCAGUCAACCCCUGCGUGUGCUACGCAAUGCACGUCGACGCAAAGGCGAGGCGGCCGCGAUGGAUGUGUUUAGUAUGCUGACACAAAUCCAAGAGCAACUGGGUCGUGCCAGCUACCUCGAUCAGCUCCUCAACAUCACCACAGGCCUGGUCAAAGAGUUGACUGGUUUCCAUCGGGUCUUGAUCUACCAGUUCGACAGCAGUUGGAAUGGUCUAGUCGUUGCCGAACUAGCGGAUCCCAAAACCUCGAUUGAUCUGUACAAAGGCCUCCACUUCCCUGCGUCUGACAUCCCUGCACAAGCUCGUGAGCUGUACAAAAUCAACAAAGUGCGACUCUUGUAUGACCGUGACCAGGAGACUUCUCGCUUGGUCUGUCGAACCUUGGAAGAUCUGGAGAAUCCGUUGGAUAUGACCCACGCCUAUCUCCGAGCCAUGUCGCCAAUUCAUAUUAAGUAUUUGGGUCACAUGCAAGUGCGAUCCUCAAUGUCAAUCAGUGUCAAUGCUUUUAACGAUUUGUGGGGACUUAUAUCCUGCCACUCCUAUGGUGACCAGGGUAUGCGGGUGUCUUUUCCGGUCCGAAAGAUGUGCCGUCUUCUUGGUGAUACAGUUUCGCGCAAUAUUGAGCGAUUGUCCUACGCCUCCCGACUGCAGGCAAGGAAAUUGAUUAACACUGUUCCCACCGAGGCGAAUCCAUCUGGCUAUAUCAUCGCAUCGUCUGACGAUAUGCUACAAUUGUUUGGUGCUGACUAUGGCGCCUUGUCGAUCCGCGACGAGACAAAGAUCCUCGGCGACAAUCAACACCAACAAGAAGUUUUGGCUCUUCUUGAGUUCCUCCGAAUGCGCCAGAUCCACUCUGUCCUUGCAUCCCACGACAUCAUCAAAGAUUUCCCGGACCUCCACUAUCCACCUGGCCUAAAGACAAUUUCGGGUCUGCUAUACGUGCCAUUAUCGACCGGCGGUAACGACUUCAUCGUGUUCUUCCGCAAGGGACAACUCACAGAGAUCAAGUGGGCCGGCAACCCGUACGAUAUUGCCAAGCGAAAAGCAACUGCUGGGUAUCUGGAGCCCCGCAACAGUUUUGCCGCCUGGCGCGAGACCGUUUUGAGCCAGUCCCGCGAAUGGUCAGAAUCAGACGUUGAGACCGCUGCGGUGUUGUGUCUUGUUUAUGGAAAAUUCAUCAAGGUCUGGCGACAGAAGGAGGCUGCUAUGCAAAACUCUCAGCUUACACGACUGCUAUUGGCCAAUUCCGCCCACGAAGUUCGGACUCCUCUGAAUGCCAUCAUCAACUAUUUGGAAAUCGCACUUGAAGGAACGAUCGAUGCAGAGACUCGCGAAAGCCUGACAAAGUCUCACUCUGCGUCUAAAUCCUUGAUCUACGUCAUCAACGACCUUCUUGAUCUCACAAACACCGAGAAGGGCCAAGAGUUGAUCAAGGAUGAGAAGUUCAACCUCGAAACGACCUUCCGCGAAGCAGCUGAAAUGUUUGCAGAUGAAGCUAAGCGCAAGAACAUUUCGUACACCGUCACUGUUCAACCAGGUAUUCCAAACAUCGUGCUGGGUGACCAGCGCCGCGUGCGACAAGUGUUCUCAAAUAUCAUUUCCAAUGCUAUUCAGAAGACUACCUCCGGAGCAGUCACCGUUGAGAUUUGGCGUUCGGCAGCACAAGGACUACCAGACCAUGUGGCUGUCGAGGCCAUGGUUGUCGACACCGGUGCUGGCAUGUCUAAAGCCAAGCUAGAGGCCUUGUUCCAAGAACUGGAGCAGAUCUCUACUGAUGAUGAUUAUUACCCCGAGGAGCAAUCCGAGCAAACAAUGCCAACAGAUGUCCCGCAACAAGGUUCCAAGCGCGUUCUUGGACUGGGUCUGGCUUUGGUGGCCCGCAUUGUUCACAACAUGCAGGGCCAGUUGGGAGUGAAAUCCGAAGAAGGGAAAGGAAGUCGCUUCAAAAUUCUUCUGCAGUUCAAGGUGCCCGAUGGUGUUACAACAGGAACUCCCACCGAAACAACUACUCCUGGCGACACGACAAAACCGCCUACGCCGAUGAUCUCGGACCGAGAAUUUACUCUCGUUAGAGGCGUCGUAGAUUCCCAAGAUACACGACGACGCAGCUCCGAGAGUCUCCGAAGCACUGGCAGUUCACGCAGUGGAAGGAGUCAUGCAGACAGACUUAUCAGUGCCAUACAGGAGCCACCUUUCUCGAAAAGCUCCAACAGAACUCGGAGUGAGGGGUCCGAUCAUAUAUCAGCGAGGCAGCAGGCGACCAGUCCAGCAAGCGCGGGCACUUUCCCUCAUUCCAUGUCAUCUUCGCCCUUGGGCGCGAAUCGAUUGUCACAGUCGCAUCCGGCUUCACAACCACACGACCCUCUUGCCAGCCUUGGCACAGUCACGCAUACCCCGCCGUUGACCUUGCAAGCGAUGAAGACACCACCAACACCGGGUACGGCUAACGUGACUGACUCUGGUGUACCGAUGAGUGCCGUGCGUCUUUCGAGGCACGCCACGCAGAAGCAACCAGAACCACAACAAUCAUAUUUCCCACCCAUGUCCAUCGAAAACGCCGAGUCAUCGGCAGCCACAUCGUGUGGGGUACCCUCCUCCACGGCACCGACCUCUAAUCAACCAAGUCAACCGCAGUUACUUCGAGUGCUUGUGGCAGAGGACGACCCAGUCAAUAGCAAGAUCAUUCACAAACGAUUAACCAAGCUCGGUCAUGCCGUCGAGCUAACUAGCAAUGGCGAGGACUGCGCCAAUGCAUUUUGCUCUAAUAGCAAGGGCUUUGAUGUGGUACUGAUGGAUAUCCAGAUGCCAAUUGCCGAUGGAUGCGCCUCUACCAAGAUGAUUCGCAAUUUCGAGGCAAAUGCCACACCAGAGAUUCUUUCAGAUAAGGCCAGGCGCAAUACACGCAUUCCUGUCUUUGCGGUUUCUGCUUCCCUGAUUGAGUCGGAGAAGCAGAAGUACAUCGACACUGGUUUCGACGGUUGGGUCAUGAAGCCCAUUAACUUUGCCCGCCUCAAUGUGCUCCUCAGUGGACUUGUUGAUAGCGAAGCGAGAAAGAAUGCCACAUACCGGCCGGGCGAAUGGGAGAAUGGUGGAUGGUUCGAUCACAAGUAA